CUCCCAGUCUUCUGAAAAGUGAGUGAGAAAAGCGGCAGAGCAAAGACUUUGCCUUAAACUCUCUCUCUCUCUCUCUCUCUAGAAUCUCGAUUCACAAUCUCACUCUGUUCUUCAGCAGUCUUAUUAAACCCUGCAAUUAUUUUCCUGUUCUGGUUUCUAUUUAGCUGAAAUCUCAAUAGGGUUUUCUCAGAGGGUAGUCAAUCAGCUCAGAAACACCCAAAAACCAGCUGAAAUUUUGGGUUUUGGUCAAAUAUUCAGACCAGGAUUUGGAUCAAAUUUUGACUCUUGUAAAAUUCGGGUUUCUUUUCCUCCUCCUUGCAGAUAAAUCUGAGAGCUGAGAGAGAAGCUUUUAUUUUACAGGCUGGGGUUCUUAAAUGAUUGUGUUUUCGGGGGCAGUGUAAGCUUUGGUCAGAGACCCAUCAGGACAGAGCUGGUAGGUGGGCAUAGAAAAACAAAAGAGAGGACCUUGACUGGUAGAUGAGAGAGAGAGAGAGAGAGAGAGAGAGAGAGAUGUAAUCAAAACCCUAGAAAAUGAAAAAUUUGUACCUACAAACACUUCCUUAGAGUUUUAAGAUUAAAACCCAAGUGGUAGAGUUUUGGUUUUUGUCCUGCAGAUUGGAAGUUCAAAAAAAUAAAAGAGGAGAAAAUCAAAAUCUCAGCUCUGAUGCCGACCGACCUAGAUAAUUCCUCUACAGCUUCAGGUGAAGCUAGCGUUUCUUCCUCCGGCAACCAAACCGCUCCUCCCAAACCCGCCACCAAGAAAAAAAGAAACUUGCCAGGAAUGCCAGAUCCAGAUGCGGAGGUGAUUGCUCUAUCGCCGAAGACCCUUAUGGCGACGAACCGAUUUGUCUGCGAAAUUUGCAGCAAAGGGUUUCAGAGGGAUCAGAAUCUGCAGCUUCAUCGGCGCGGCCAUAAUCUGCCAUGGAAGCUGCGGCAGAGGUCGAGCAAAGAAGUGAAGAAGCGAGUCUACGUCUGCCCGGAGGCUUCUUGUGUGCACCACGAUCCGUCCAGAGCUUUGGGUGAUCUCACUGGGAUUAAAAAGCACUUUUGCAGAAAGCACGGUGAGAAGAAGUGGAAAUGCGAUAAGUGCUCCAAGAAGUAUGCGGUUCAGUCGGAUUGGAAAGCCCAUUCGAAAAUUUGUGGCACCAGAGAGUACAAAUGCGAUUGUGGGACUUUGUUCUCAAGGAGGGAUAGCUUCAUAACUCACAGGGCCUUCUGUGAUGCUUUGGCAGAAGAGAGCGCCAAAGCUCAUACCCCCACCGCCGCCGCCGCCGCCACAGCAGUGAAUUUGAAUUCAGAAUCAGACCCAAAAACCCAAUCUGCUAAUUCACCUCCACAAGCACCGCCGCCGCCGCCGCCGCCGCCGCAGGCAGCAGCUCCAUCCCAGCCUACAACUUCAUCAGUUCCAUCUAUGUCAGCCGGUGUGCUAUCUUCAUCCCUGCCUACACAAAGCACAGUGAGAGAGUUGCCGGAAAAUCCCACACAAGUUGUAGAAGAAGUGCAGGUUGUGGUGGGUCGAAAGGGUAAUUGUAGCAGCAGCAGCAGCAGCUCCAGCAGCAAUGGCAGUACAAGCAGUGGUGUGUUUGCAAGUUUAUUUACUUCCUCAACAACAUCGGCCAGCUUGCAACCUCCUCAACAGCCUGCAUUUACUGACUUAAUACGAGCCAUGGGGCAUCCGGAUCAAUCUAACGACCUAGCCCCAUCUUCUUCAAUGGAGCCUAUUUCUCUUGGCCUCUCAACCAGCCAUGGAUCCUCAAUUUUCGAGUCUGCAGGGCAUGAGCGUAGGCAGUAUGCGCCUCCGCCGCAACCAGCUAUGUCUGCAACAGCUCUGCUUCAGAAAGCUGCUCAAAUGGGCCCAGCAGAAACCAAUGCAUCGUUACUUCGUGGGUUUGGCAUUAUGUCAUCCGCAUCAUCUUCCGUGCAACAAGAGACCAUGCAAUGGAAUCAAAGGCCGGCAGAACCAGAUAAUGCCCCAGUUGCUGCAGGGCUUGGACUUGGUCUCCCUUGUGAUGGAGGUUCGGGAUGGAAGGAAUUAAUGAUGGAAAGUCCUUCAAUGUUCGGUCCCAAGCAAACCACACUUGAUCUUUUGGGAUUGGGAAUGGCCGCCGGUAAUAACCCCAGUAGCGGCCUAUCGGCCCUAAUUACAUCAAUCGGUGGCGGUCUAGAUGUAGCAGCCGCAGCUGCAUCCUAUGGAGGUGGAGAAUAUAGCGGUAAGGACUUGGCUAGAAGCUCAUGAAACAUGAGAGUCAUUUUCUUUCAUUUGACUCGAGGAAGGGGCGUACAAGGUGCAGGUUGAUUUCUUAUGAGGAAAAUUGAUGAUGUUGCAGAAUGAAGUAAGACAUACAUAACUAAAUAAAAGAUUAGCCAUCAUAAGCAUGGAGGUAAGCAUUCUUUUUUAAUGUUCUCCUGCCUCGGUGACUAUGGCGAAACGGCCUUGUCUUUCUGCUGUAGACUUUGUCGAAAGCUAAAUCUGGAGAUCGUUUCGUGUUUCGUCCCUCUAUUGUUUAACUUGGGGGUUUUAGCAUAGGCUUCCAUGUAUGUAUGUCACUUUCUGUUAGCUUAAGGUGGAUUUGGUGAAUGAAUAUGUGUUACCUACUGCAAUUCUUUAAUUUUGUCAAGUUUCUCAAGCAAAGCCUGGCGAUGAAAGGCUCGGUGGAUGGAUUUUACCAAUUUGGGUUUACAGUACUAUGCCAGGUAAGGGUAGAUGGAUUGGGGGUUUGGGGUUGAUCUUGUAAAUUACUGUGUGAUUAGCCUGUAGUUUUAGGGCUCCUAGACUUGCUCAAACUUCCAAUUUCCAUCACUUUGUACGUACAAUUAAAUUAAGAUUAAGCUUUUUGUUUUCUUUUA